AUGGCAUGGUUUGGAGGAUCAUCAGGCAAUGUGUCUACUGUUUUAUUAGACAAUAAGAUUUCUCAAGCUACUUCUGAAUCUAUUCCAAAUGGUGAACUUGAUUUACCAAUUGCGUUAGAAAUCACCGAUAUGAUUAGAUCGAAAAACAUCCCAGCAAAACAAUCAAUGAGAGCAUUAAAGAAAAGAUUAACAUUGAUAUAUAGUAAUCCUAAUUUAAUCACCUCAACUUUAAAACUUAUUGAUUUAUGUAUUAAGAAUUGUGGAUUUCAUUUUUUGAUUGAAAUUGCUAAUAAAGAAUUUAUAGAUUAUUUAAUUGAUUUCAUUUUUAAAGUUCAAUAUAAUAUUAAAGAUUAUCAAAUUCAAAAUAAUGAAGCUAAAUUAAAUGUUGGUAAAUUUAUCUUAUCAUUAUUAAAACAAUGGAAAAUUGCGUUUGCUGAUAAUUUACAAUUAUCUUAUGUUGAAAAAGUUUAUAAUCAAUUGGUUAAUGAAGGUUAUCAAUUUCCAGACUUAGAUACUAGUGUAACUAGCAAAUUUGUUGAUUCUGAAGUUCCUCCUGAUUGGAUUGAUUCUGAUUCUUGUAUGGUUUGUUAUACUCCAUUCUCAAUGAUGAAUAGAAAACAUCAUUGUCGUGCAUGUGGUGGAGUAUUUUGUCAACUGCAUUCAGCAAAUAAUGUUCCUUUGGUAGAAUUGGGAAUUACGGAACCAGUUAGAGUUUGUGACAAUUGUUUGGCAAAACAGAAGGUUAAAUCAGGUAAGCAUAAGAAAGAACAUUCCCGUGGAAUAGGUUCGUAUGGAAGUUAUGAACCAGAGCUGAGACUGAUUAAUAAUAAUAAUAAUAAUGAAGAGGAUGAAGAUGAACAAUUAAGAAGAGCAAUUGAAUUAAGUUUACAAGAUAGUUCAAUUCCAGCAUAUACUCCUCCGGCGCCUGUACAAGCUCCACCACCUCAACCUUCUGGACAAGAUGAAGAAGAGGAUGAAGAUUUGAAAGCUGCAAUUGCGGCAAGUUUACAAGAGUAUGAAUCUCAACAGAAGAUCAACAAUAUGUAUCAACAACAGCAACCGCAACUGCAACCACAACAACCAGAAUAUGUACCUCUGAAUCCAUUUGGACAACCUCAAGAACCGGAACUGGACCUUUACAAUAUUAGUUACCCACAAUUUGGAACAUCUCAACAACAAUCACAACAGCAACAACAAUAUCAACCAAAUCAAGCGGCUCAACAGCAAUAUCAAUCCCCUCAACAGACUCAACAACAGCCAGCAUAUACCGGUUCACCAUUCCAACAACAGCAACAACAGCCACAAGCACAAGCUCAACCGCAAGCACAGCCAUCACAGCAAGAGAACUUAUCACAAGCUGAAGAAGAACAAAUUAACUUAUUCAUCACCUUGAUGAACAAUCUACGUAAUGACCCCAAGAAACAAGCUAAUAUAAUGUAUGAUCAAGAUUUAAAUGAAUUACAUUCCAAAAUCAUCAAAUUAAAACCAAAAGUGAAUAAAUCAUUACGUAACUCAAUUGAGAAAUAUGAUAUCUUUAUGGAGAUGAAUAAUAAGAUUUCAACAAUUUCGAGAUUAUAUGAUCAAUUCUUGGAAUCCAAAUUGAGUAUGGCGUAUGGAAAUCAUUAUAUUUCGCCGGCUGUUCAGAAUGUUCAGGCAGCUGGGGGGACUUUGAGGACUGGGUUAUAUCCUAAUUAUACUGAUGGACAGGGCAUUUCUCCGCAAGUGAGUGGAUAUGGGAGAGAACGGGUUUCUCCCCAAGUGAGUGGAUAUGCGGGACAACAACAACCGGCACAAGCUCAACAAAAUACUGGAUAUCGUAGGUCAUCACAAGAGAUUCCAGAUCUGAGAUAUGCGGAAGCUCAACAAGCUCAGCAAAGUACUGCAUACCGUAGGUCAUCGCAAGAGAUCCCAUAUACAGAAGCUCAGCAAACUGGUGGUUAUGAAAGACAACAACAGCAACAGUCACAGCCACCACAACAACAACUGACUGGAUUUUAUGCUUCGUAUCCACAAGAAUCAUAUUCUACAGACUCGUAUAACAAGUAUGAACAACCACAACCACAACAUCAACCUGGAUUACCCCAAGUACAAGUCCCUACCCCAACCCUAGCCCCAUGUGAAGCUGAUUUGGAAGAGGAAGUAUCAAAUGGAAGAACUGCGACUAGUUCAACUGGACCAAGACGGUUUUCACAAUCGAUAUAUCCCGAACAACAACAAAAACAACAACAACAUACUCCUUCUUCAUCUUCCAAUAUAGUUUAUCCUACUGGAGAAGAUUAUCUUCCACGUAAAGAAGAAGAUACUUAUGAAGUUUCAUUACCUCAUUAUCCCCCACCUGAGGAUUUACAACAACAGUUACCUGUUCAAACAUAUGUAAGAAGAGCCAGUACUUCACUUCCUGAAAAUGCGGUUGAGGAUGCGAAUAUGAAGUAUCCAAGUUUGGAAAACGUUGAGAAGAGGGAACAAGAAGAAGAGGAAGAGAGAGAGAGGUUGAGUAGUAUGUUUCCUAGGGUGCCUAAUAAUAGUACCGGUGGGGAGUUGCAGCCGAUAAGGACUGGGGGGAGUAGGAAGUCACCAUAUGUGCCUGAACCUGAACCUUUGAUUGAGUUGUAG